GCUUGAAUGUCAUUAUUUUAAACCAAUGGGGUUGUGCCUCAAAACUUCGGGAACACAGGCUGCGAGAUGAAAGCUCUGCAGUUCCUUCAUGCGGCUGGCGAGUUCCCAGCCCCAUCGCUCAGGCAUCUUGAAUAGUUGUGUCCCUGCACUUAUAGCCUUGGUGGUUCAUAGAUUACCGAAUCGGGCGGAAGCGAGACAGAUCUGCGACACCACCGCGACAGUCUCGAACCCACCUCCAACGGUUCGAGCAUCAAACACCCCCGCCGUUGCGCCCAGCCAAGUGCGCAUCACCAAAAUCUCGCCAUUCUUGCAGGCGAUCAACGUUUCUCCCAGUGCCAUGCCGAGAGCAGGGGGCUGGUGUUUCGCCAUGUGCGCGACCGGCCUGCAAGCUCUUCAGUGUCAACAAUUUCAUGCGUGGAUUUAAGGAAUAGAAUAUCCCCAGGCAUAAACUUUCUCCUCAUCUCAUCGCUCUUGCCUCAUAAUACCAGUGCUCCACUCUCUUUCUCUUACUUCAUCAGCUUCUUAUUGUCCGAGCCG